AUGGCGCUCAAGCGGAGCUCGUCGGCCCCGCCGGUCCGGAUUUAUCCUCCGCGGCUUUCCCUCUUGCUGCUGGUGCUGGUGCCCGUGAUGCUUUCGGCGGCGGCGUCCGCUUCUUCCCGGGCCGCCUACCCUCGCUUCUCGCCCUUCUUCUUCCUUUGCACCCACCACGGGGAGUUGGAAGGGGACGGCCAGCAAGGCGAGGUGCUCAUCUCUCUCCACCUGGCAGGGAACCCCACUUUCUACGUGCCGGGACAGGAAUAUCACGUGACUAUUUCAACAAGCACCUUUUUUGAUGGCAUAUUGGUCACAGGACUUUAUACAUCUACCAGUGUUCAAAUUUCGCAAAGCAUUGGUGGGUCCAGUGCAUUUGGAUUCGGAAUAAUGUCUGAUCACCAAUUUGGGAAUCAAUUCAUGUGCAGCGUGGUUGCAUCGCACGUCAGCCACCUUCCAACCACAAAUCUCAGUUUUGUUUGGAUUGCUCCUCCUGCAGGAACAGGCUGCGUGAAUUUUAUGGCAACUGCUACUCACAGAGGUCAAAUUAUAUUCAAGGAUGCCUUAGCCCAGCAGUUGUGUGAACAAGGAAGUCCAACAGAAGCUCCCUUCCAUCCUCUUUUAGCUGAGAUGCACAGCAACAGCAUCAUAUUACGGGAUGAUUUUGAUUCUUAUCACUUGCAAGGAUUGAAUCCUACGAUGUGGUUUGAAUGCAGCAACUGUGAGGUUGGAGACCAGUGCGGUGUCAUCAUGCACGGGAGCGCUGUCACUUUUUGUGAGCCAUACGGGCCAAGAGAACUAAUUACCAAUGGCCUUAACACAACAACAGCUUCUGUGCUCCAAUUUUCAAUAGGGUCAGGUUCGUGCCGUUUUAGUUACUCCGAUCCAGACAUAAUUGUCUCCUAUUCGAAGAAUAAUUCAGAAGAUUGGAUUCAACUGGAGAAAAUUAGAGCUCCUUCUAAUGUCAGCACCAUCAUCCACAUUCUGUAUCUCCCCGAAGAAGCCAAAGGAGAAAAUAUUCAAUUUCAGUGGAAGCAGGAAUAUGUACAUGUGGGUGAAGUGUACGAAUCCUGCUGGGCGUUGGACAAUAUCUUGAUCAUCAAUGCAGCUCACAGACAAAUUGUUUUAGAAGACAACCUUGAUCCUGUGGAUACGGGAAACUGGCUGUUUUUCCCUGGAGCCACGAUUAAGCAUAGCUGUCAGUCAGAUGGAAAUGUCAUUUACUUCCACGGGACUGAAGGCAGCGAGUUAAAUUUUGCCACCACACGUGACGUGGACCUCUCCACUGAAGACGCGCAGGAGCAGUGGGCUGAAGAAUUUGAGAGCCAGCCAAAAGGGUGGGAUAUAUCUGGAGCAGUCAUCGGCACCGAAUGUGGGACCUUGGAAUCGGGUUCAUCCGCCGUGUUCCUCAGAGAAGGAGAGAGAAAACUAUGCACUCCAUAUAUGGACAUGACAGGUUAUGGAAAUCUGAGGUUUUACUUCAGCAUGGGGGGAAGCUGUGACACUGGAGAAGCUCAUGAAAAUGAUGUCUUAUUAUACGCAAAAAUUGAAGGAAGAAAAGAUCACAUAACCCUUGAUGCAAUGACCUAUGCUUCCCACAGGAGUCCCUCUUUGGUCUCAGUUGUCAUCAGUCCAGAACUUCAGACUCCGGCAACCAAAUUCUGCCUCAAGCAGAAGAACCACCAGGGACGGAACAGGAAUAUCUGGGCUGUCGAUUACUUCCAUGUCUUGCCAGUCCUUCCUUCUACUGUUACACAUAUGAUCCAGUUUUCCAUUAACUUGGGCUGUGGAACCCAUCAACCAGGCAACAGUGUUAGUUUGGAAUUCUCCACCAACCACGGACGUUCUUGGUCAUUACUUCACUCUGAAUGUUUGCCAGAGACAUGUUCUGGAUCCCAUCUUCCCCAUAGCACUGUCUAUGCAUCCGAAAACUACAGUGGGUGGAACCGUAUAACUAUUCCCCUUCCAAAUGCAGCCUUAACCAGAGAUACCAGAAUCCGAUGGCGACAAACUGGAUCGGUUCUUGGAAACAUGUGGGCAAUUGACAGCAUUUACAUUGGUCCAUCUUGUCUCAAAUUCUGCUCAGGGCGAGGUCAAUGCACGAGAAACGGUUGCAAGUGUGACCCUGGCUUUUCAGGCCCUGCCUGCGAAAUGGCCUCUCAAACUUUUCCAAUGUUUAUCUCGGAAAGUUUCAGCAAUGCCAGGCUCUCCUCCUAUCACAACUUUUACUCUAUCCGUGGUGCUGAAGUCAGUUUCGGCUGCGGAGUGCUAGCAAGUGGCAAAGCCCUGGUUUUUAACAAGGAUGGAAGACGUCAACUCAUCACGUCAUUCUUCGACAGCUCCCAAUCAAGAUUCCUCCAGUUUACUUUGCGACUCGGCAGCAGAUCUGUUCUGAGUACUUGCAAAGCACCCGACCAGCCUGGAGAAGGUGUUUUGUUGCACUAUUCGUACGACAAUGGGAUUACGUGGAAACUUCUGGAACAUUACCCCUAUCUCAACUAUCACGAGCCAAGAAUAAUUUCCGUGGAAUUGCCAGAAGAUGCAAGACAGUUUGGCAUUCAGUUCCGGUGGUGGCAACCAUACCAUUCUUCUCAAGGCGAAGAUGUUUGGGCCAUUGAUGAAAUCAUUAUGACCUCCGUGCUUUUCAAUAGCAUUAGCCUGGACUUCACCAACUUGUUGGAAGUUACUCAGUCCCUUGGAUUCUACUUGGGGAAUGUUCAACCAUACUGUGCCCAUGACUGGACACUCUGUUUUACAGGUGAUUCCAAGUUAGCUUCUAGUAUGCGCUAUGUAGAAACACAAUCUAUGCAAAUUGGAGCAUCAUAUAUGAUUCAAUUCAACUUGGUGAUGGGCUGUGGCCAGCAAUACACACCCCACAUGGACAAUCAGGUGAAACUGGAGUACUCCACUAAUCAUGGCCUUACUUGGCAUCUGGUUCAAGAGGAAUGCCUUCCAAGUAUGCCCAGUUGCCAAGAAUUUACACCAGCAAGUAUCUACCACUCCAGUGAAUAUACAAAGUGGAGAAGAAUCACUGUACUUUUACCCCAAAAAACAUGGUCCAGUGCAACACGUUUCCGCUGGAGUCAAUGCUAUUACACCUCUCAAGAUGAAUGGGCCCUGGACAACAUCUAUAUAGGACAGCAGUGCCCAAAUAUGUGCAACGGGCAUGGCUGGUGCGAUCAUGGCUUUUGCAGAUGUGACUCUGGAUACCAAGGUACUGAAUGCCACCCUGAAAAUAAUCUGCCUUCAACAAUAAUGUCUGAUUUUGAGAAUCCCAACACUUUGGAAAAAGAAUGGCAGGAAGUCAUUGGUGGAGAGAUUGUAAAACCAGAACAAGGCUGCGGAGUGAUCUCUUCUGGAUCCUCUCUUUAUUUCAACAAGGCUGGGAAGAGACAGUUGGUGAGCUUGGACCUGGACACCACCUGGGUAGACUUUGUCCAGUUUUACAUUCAGAUCGGCGGAGAGAGUCCUGCCUGCAACAAACCAGACAGCCGAGAAGAAGGAGUCCUCUUGCAGUACAGCAACAAUGGAGGCAUCAACUGGCAUGCCCUGGCAGAAAUGUACUUCUCUGACUUCAGCAAGUCCAGGUUUGUCUAUCUGGAGCUCCCUCCUGCUGCAAAGACCCCCUGCACUCGAUUCCGUUGGUGGCAGCCGGUGUUUUCGGGAGAGGGCUAUGAUCAGUGGGCUAUUGAUGACAUCAUCAUUCUGUCCGAAAAGCUGAAACAGAUCAUCCCUGUGGCUAACCCCACCCUGCCUCAGAACUUUUAUGAGAAACCAGCCUUUGAUUACCCCAUAAACCAGCUCAGCAUGUGGCUAAUGUUAGCGAAUGAAGGGAUGCCCAAAAAUGAAACGUUUUGUUCGGCUACUCCAUCAGCAAUGAUAUUUGGCAAGUCAGAUGGCGAUCGGUUUGCAGUGACCCGGGAUUUAGUGCUGAAACCAGGUUACGUCCUUCAAUUCAAGCUGAACAUUGGAUGCACGGAUCAGUUCAGUAGCUCGGCUCCAGUUCUUCUCCAGUAUUCCCACGAUGCCGGCUUGUCUUGGUCGCUGGUGAAGGAGGGCUGCUUCCCAGCAUCCCCCGGCGUGAAAGGAUGCGAAGGGAGCACCAGGGAAUUGACGGCACCAACCAUGUAUUACGCGGGAGAUUUUGAAGAGUGGACAAGGAUCACUAUUGUUGUUCCGAGAUCGCUCGCUGCGAGAAAGACCAGGUUCCGCUGGAUACAAGAGAGCCGCUCGCAAAAGAGCCUUCCUCCCUUUGGCUUGGACGGGGUGUAUAUUUCAGAGCCGUGUCCCAACUACUGCAACGGCCAGGGAGACUGCAUUUCCGGCGUCUGUUUUUGUGACAUGGCCUAUACAGCUUCACAUGGGACCUGUGUGUCUAAUGUCCCUAAUCCCAGCGAGAUGUUUGACAGAUUUGAGAGGAAGCUGAGCCCCCUUUGGUACAAGAUAACUGGAGCCCAAGUUGGAAAUGGUUGCGGAAUAUUAAGCGAUGGCAAAUCUCUUUACUUUGGUGGUUCGGGCAAGAGGGAAGCACGAACCGUCCCUCUGGAUACCACAGGCAUCAGACUAGUUCAGUUCUAUGUACAAAUUGGAAGCAAAACAGCUGGUACAGACUGCAACAGACCCCGAGCCAGGAAUGAAGGGCUUGUGGUCCAGUAUUCAAAUGACAAUGGAAUCAGCUGGACUUUGCUACGAGAACUGGACUUCUUGUCGUUCUUGGAGCCACAGAUUGUGUCUAUUGAAUUGCCCUGGGAGGCCAAAACAUCAGCCACUGCCUUUCGGUGGUGGCAACCUCAGCAUGGAAAGCAUUCAGCCCAGUGGGCUUUGGAUGACGUCCUUGUAGGAAUGAACGACAGCUCUCCAAUGGGUUUUCAAGAUAAAUUUGAUGGCUCUGUAGAUUUGCAGGCAAAUUGGUACCGGGUUCAAGGGGGGCAGGUCAACGUCGAUUGUCUAUCUAUGGAUACCUCUCUCAUCUUCAGUGAAAAUAUAGGAAAGCCUCGUUACGCGGAGACCUGGGAUUUCCACGUGGCUGAUUCCACCUUCAUGCAGUUUGAGCUGAACAUGGGCUGCAGCAAACCCUUCAGCGAUGCCCACGGCAUUCAUUUCCAGUACUCCCUGAACAACGGAAAAGAUUGGCACUUGGUGACCGAAGAGUGUGUGCCGCCCAGAAUCGGCUGCCAACAUUACACGGAGAGUUCGGUUUACAGUUCAGAAAGAUUUCAGAAUUGGAAACGGGUCACGCUGUCUCUUCCUCCUGCAGCCAUGUCCUCCAGAACACGCUUCCGAUGGAUCCAACAUGAUUAUACCCCUGGUGGGGACACCUGGACUAUUGAUAAUGUCAUCCUGGCCACUGGAUGUCCCUGGAUGUGUUCCGGUCAUGGAAUCUGUGAUUCUGGGCAUUGUGUGUGUGACAGAGGUUUUGGAGGGCCUUAUUGUGUGCCUACUGUUCCUCUCCCAACUGUGCUAAAGGAUGACUUCAACAGCAACCUCCAUCCAGACCUCUGGCCUGAAGUCUACGGAGCUGAGAGAGGAAACCUGAAUGGUGACACCAUCAAGUCCGGAACCAGCCUCAUCUUCAAAGGGGAAGGGUUGAGGAUGCUCGUUUCAAGGGAUUUGGACUGUACCAAUACAAUGUACAUUCAGUUUUCAUUCAGAUUUUUAGCUAGAGGUACCCCAGAGAGAUCACAUUCUAUUCUGCUCCAGUAUUCCCUCAAUGGAGGAAUCACGUGGCACCUGAUAGAUGAGUUUUACUUCACCCAAACAACUGAUGUCCUUUUCAUUAACAUCCCACUGCCAUAUUCAGCGCGAAACAGUGCUACCCGUUUCAGGAUCUGGCAACCCUACAACAACGGUAAGAAGGAGGAGAUUUGGAUUAUAGACAACUUCAUUAUUGAUGGAAAUAACCUCAAAAAUCCUGUGAUCCUUUCGGAUACCUUUGACUUGGGCCCAAAGGAAGACAACUGGUUUUUCUAUCCUGGUGGUAACAUUGGACUUUACUGUCCAUAUUCAUCCAAAGGAGCACCAGAAGAAGAUUCUGCGAUGGUAUUUGUUUCAAAUGAAGUCGGAGAGCAUUCAAUUACAACGAGAGAUUUGAACGUAAACGAAAAUACCAUAAUCCAGUUUGAGAUUAAUAUUGGCUGCACCACAGAUAGCUCCUCUGCUGACCCAGUGAAACUUGAAUUCUCCCGAGACUUGGGUGCAACAUGGCACCUACUACUUCCUCUAUGCUACAGUAGCAGCAGCUAUCUCAGUUCUCUCUGCUCGGUUGAGCAUCACCCAAGUAGCACCUACUACGCUGGAACAACCCAGGGCUGGAGAAGAGAAGUCAUCCAUUUUGGAAAGCUACAUCUUUGUGGCUUGGUGAGAUUCAGAUGGUACCAAGGAUUCUAUCCUGCUGGGACUCAACCUGUGACCUGGGCCAUUGACAACGUAUACAUAGGGCCACAGUGUGAGGAGAUGUGCAGUGGACAUGGCAGUUGUAUCAAUGGGAGCAAGUGCAUCUGUGACCCAGGAUAUUCCGGACCCACCUGUAGAAUAACCACCAAGAACCCUGAUUUUCUCAAGGAUGAUUUUGAAGGUCAACUGGAAUCAGACAGGUUCUUACUGGUGAGUGGCGGAAAACCAUCCAGGAAAUGUGGAAUCCUGUCAGGAGGAAAUAACCUCUUCUUUAAUGAGGAAGGAUUGCGAAUGUUGAUGACUCAAGAUCUGGAUUUAUCCCAAGCUAGAUUUGUGCAGUUCUUCAUGAGGCUGGGAUGUGGCAAAGCAGUACCUGAUCCCAGGAGUCAGCCAGUGUUGUUACAAUAUUCCCUUAAUGGUGGACUCCGAUGGAAUCUACUUGAGGAAUUUCUCUUCAGCAAUUUGAGCAAUAUUGGACGGUACAUCGCCUUGGAAAUCCCUUUAAAAGCUCGUUCGCCCUCUACGCGUCUCCGCUGGUGGCAGCCAUCUGAGAACGGGCAUUUCUACAGCCCUUGGGUCAUUGACCAGAUCCUUAUUGGUGGAAAUAUUUCUGGCAACACAGUCCUGGAAGAUGAUUUCAACACCUUGGACAGCAAGAAAUGGCUUCUCCACCCAGGUGGAACCAAAAUGCCUGUCUGUGGCUCCUCUGGAGAUGCUCUGGUCUUCAUUGAGAAAGCCAGCACUCGUUACGUGGUCACAACUGACAUCGCCAUAAACGAAGACUCUUUUCUUCAGCUGGAUUUUGCUGCUUCCUGUUCGGUCACGGACUCUUGCUAUGCUAUCGAGCUGGAAUAUUCUGUGGACCUUGGUUUGACAUGGCAACCUGUGGUAAAAGACUGCCUUCCUACUAAUGUGGAAUGCAACAGGUAUCAUCUGCAGAGGAUCUUGGUCUCUGACACCUUCAACAAAUGGACAAGAAUUAUCUUGCCACUUCCUCCUUACACCAGGUCUGAUGCGACCCGUUUCCGUUGGCACCAAACAGCUCCUUUCGACAAGCAGCAAACCUGGGCUAUUGACAAUGUCUACAUAGGCGACGGCUGUAUAGAUAUGUGCAGCGGGCAUGGAAGAUGCACGGAAGGAAACUGCGUGUGCGAUGAAAACUGGAGCGGCUUAUACUGCGACGAGCCAGAUGUCUCCCUCCCCACCCAACUGAAAGACAAUUUCAACCGUGCCCCAUCCAGCCAGAACUGGCUAACCGUCAACGGGGGCAAACUAAGCACCGUCUGUGGUGCGGUGGCUUCUGGGAUGGUUCUUCAUUUUAGCGGGGGAUGCAGCCGUUUGCUUGUGACAGUGGAUCUCAACCUAACCAAGGCAGAAUUCAUUCAGUUUUAUUUCAUGUACGGAUGUCUGAUCAGCCCCAACAAUCGUAAUCAAGGAGUUCUCCUGGAAUACUCUGUGAAUGGUGGCAUUACGUGGACGCUCUUGAUGGAAAUCUUUUACGACCAGUUCAGCAAACCUGGCUUUGUGAACAUUCUGCUUCCUUCGGACGCCAAGCGAGUAGGAACUCGUUUUCGCUGGUGGCAGCCUAAACACGAGGGUCUCGACCAAAGCGAUUGGGCUAUCGACAACGUAUUGAUCUCUGGCUCAGCAGAUCAGAGGACGGUGAUGCUGGAUACUUUUAGCAGUGCGCCAUUGCCUCAGCACGAACGCUCUCCAGCUGAUGCGGGACCCACCGGCAGAAUCGCUUUUGAUAUGUUUUUAGAUGACAGAACGACAGUGAAUGAGCUCUGGAUGUUCCAUGAUGAUUGUUCCAUUGAAAAAUUCUGUGAUUCCCCUGAUGGGGUCCUGAUGUGUGGUAGCCAUGAUGGCCGAGAGGCCUACGCCAUCACCCAUGACCUAACUCCUAUGGAGCAUUGGAUCAUGCAGUUCAAGAUUUCUGUUGGAUGUAAAACCUCAGAAAAAAUUGCUCAGAACCAAGUCCAUGUACAAUAUUCCACCGAUUUUGGCGUGAGUUGGAGGUACCUCAUCCCUCAGUGUUUGCCUGCCGACCCCAAGUGCUCUGGGGCUGUUUCCCAGCCUUCUGUCUUCUUCCCAACCAAAGGAUGGAAAAGGAUAACAUACCCAUUGCCUGAAAACCUAACCUUCUUGAAGGAGCGUUUUGACAAUGAAGAAAUUCGCCCUGAUUUAUGGAUGUCCCUGGAAGGCGGGUUGGCCUGUCUGGAAUGUGGGGUUCUGGCCGAGGACACGGCUCUAUAUUUUGGAGGACCAACUGUGAGGCAGGCGGUGACCCAAGACCUGGACCUGCGGGGCGCAAAGUUUCUACAAUACUGGGGAAGAAUAGGGAGUGAAAACAACAUGACCACUUGUCAUAGACCAACAUGUCGAAAGGAAGGAGUUCUACUGGAUUACUCAACAGAUGGAGGAAUAUCGUGGACGUUACUGCAUGAGAUGGAUUAUCAGAAAUAUAUCUCCAUCAGGCACGAUUAUAUUCUGCUCCCAGAAAAAGCUCUCACCAACACAACCCGCCUACGCUGGUGGCAACCAUUUGUGAUUAACAACGGCAUUGUUCUUUCGGGGUUUGAUCGUGCUCAGUGGGCCCUGGACAACAUACUGAUUGGCGGAGCAGAAAUCAAUCCCAGUCAACUGGUUGACACGUUCGAUGAUGAAGGCAUCUCCCAUGAAGAAAAUUGGAGUUUCUACCCAAAUGCAGUCAGGACGGCAGGGUUCUGCGGUAACCCCUCCUUUCAUCUCUAUUGGCCAAAUAAGAAAAAGGAUCAGACGUAUAAUAUCUUGUCUUCCCGGGAGCUCAUUAUACAACCUGGAUACAUGAUCCAGUUUAAAAUUGUGGUUGGCUGUGAAGCAACAUCUUGUGGUGAUCUCCAUUCAGUAAUGCUGGAGUACUCUAAGGAUGCUAGAUUAGACUCCUGGCAGCUCGUCCAGACGCAGUGCCUUCCGUCUUCCUCCAACAGCGUUGGCUGCUCCCCAUUUCAGUUUCAUGAAGCGACCAUCUAUAACUCUGUCAACAGCUCCACUUGGAAGAGGAUAACCAUUCAGCUGCCAGAUCAUGUCUCCUCCAGUGCGACCCAGUUCCGGUGGAUCCAAAAAGGAGAAGAACCAGAAAAACAAAGUUGGGCGAUCGAUCAUGUGUACAUUGGAGAAGCCUGUCCCAAACUCUGCAGCGGCCACGGAUAUUGUACCACGGGGGCCAUUUGUAUUUGUGAUGAGGAAUACCAAGAUGACGAUUGCUCCGUUUUCAACCAUGAACUUCCCAGCUACAUUAAAGAUAAUUUCGAGUCGGCAAGAAUUACCGAAAUAAACUGGGAAAUUAUUCAGGGUGGAGUGAUAGGGAACGGAUGUGGACAGCUAGCCCCCUACGCUCAUGGUGACUCUCUCUAUUUCAAUGGCUGUCAGAUAAGGCAAGCGGUGACCAAGGCUCUGGAUUUAACCCGAGCAAGCAAAAUAAUGUUUGUUUUGCAAAUUGGAAGUCUUUCACAAACCGAUAGUUGCAACACAAAUCUCAGUGACCCCAACACUGUGGACAAAGCUGUGUUGCUCCAGUACAGCGUAAACAAUGGAAUUACAUGGCAAGUCAUUGCACAACACCAGCCAAAAGAUUUUAUACAAGCACAAAGAGUGUCUUACAAUGUGCCACUGGAGGCACGGAUGAAGGGGGUGUUACUUCGCUGGUGGCAAUCCCGCCACAGUGGCUCAGGCCACGAUCAAUGGGCCCUGGACCACGUAGAAGUUGUUCACACUCGCAAACAAAAUUACAUGAUGAAUUUUUCACGGCAACACGGGCUCAGGCAUUUCUACAACAGAAGACGGAGGUCCCUUCUUAGGCGGUCCCCGUGAAGAACAAGAUAUGAGUUUCCUCUCUCUCUCUCUCUCUCUCUCUCUUUUUGGUCCUUUUUUUUCCUUUCCUGACCUGUGACGUUUUUGCUUUCAAUUCCCCCUCUCAACCGAGCACCGCAAAUUUGAUUUACAAGGACUUUUUCUCCAUACGCACCCACAUACACCCCACCCUUUUCCUUCCUGGAGGUAUAUUUUUAAAGCCUCCCUCAAGGCAGAAAGUUACACCCUGUUUUUUCGCACUGUGAUCCUCAUGGAAAGCGACCUUAUUUUUCUCAUAGGUAAAUGUUUUUUGAAUGUCGUGUCUGUGAACAAAAAAAAAAAAAUUGUGAUUCUGUUGUAAAACCAGUUACAGUGGCAGUAUUGGAAGUAAAGCGACUGUUUUGAACAGGAGGAGGAAGAAGAAAAACAAACGUGUAAGCACAAAAAGACUUAAUAUUUAACGUCAGAAAAUGAUAUUAAGUACAAUUCAGUAUUUAAAUGCACUGUAU